AUGAACGGAGGCAAGCAAAGGUCUCUGCGCAUCGUCGACCAAGAGAAGGGCGGAAAGAUUAUAAACUUUGACCUCCCCGACGAAUCCCAAACCGUUCGGCAGUUUAUAGCCGCCUACCACUGGCAACAUGGGGAGAAGAGCCGGGGGUUGAACACGGGCUUCCUGGGCCUCUACCGCGAGCGAAAGGAGGAGGGCCGAGAAGGCGAGUGGGAGCUGCUCUCCGACUCGGCCGCCCUGGCCAGCUUCGACAUCGCCGACGACGAACUGCUGAUGCUCAAGUUGCGACCGCAGACAAUCUACGUGACGAUGACCAAGCCCUUCAUUAUCGACUUUAGCGAACCGCUCGACGCGGUGUUGCCCACGAUAUUGGCCGGGUUCGGGGAGACACUGACCGCCGACUUCCUGUCCCGCUACUGCCUCCAGAAAGAAGCCGCCGUUACCGACAAAGACGAGCUGCUGGACCUGAACAAGACUCUGUCCGACAACAACGUGGCCCGAAACGCCGCGCUUCUUCUCAAGAAGACGGCCUAUCGCGUCACUUCAUCUGAUGAAAUCAUGACGGUCGGUGGCGGCAGCGGCCAGCUGCCGCUGUCCCGGUCGGGAAACAUUCAACGAAAGAUUUCGAUAUCCCCUGAGUUUGACGAGGACAGCGACUCGAACGACGACGACGGGGAAGAGCGGGCGCCGGUCAUCCAGUACUGGAAAGGCGCUCACCGCCUGGCCGGCUGCCUCCGCAGGAACAUGUCGGGUGAGGGCCUGCGCGUGACACAGAACCCGCUUCGAGGAGGACCCGGGUCGCUGGCCUCGACCCGCCACAUGCUUUCGCCUCGCGAGGUCGCCGCAACAACGAAUCCUGGAGUACUCAACACGUCAUCGGAUGGACUGACGAUACGGAAAUGGCGGCAGCGCAUGCGGAGCCUCAACCGCUCGGACUCAAAGGAAGACACCACACCUAACUCCGACACGACGGCCAAGCGCGAUCGCGUGUACGGCGUGCCGCUCGCGGAACUCCUCAGGCGCGAGUCGCCGGAACGCGAAGCCGGCGCCGGCGCUAAACCCGAUGGUGGCGAGGUUGCAGCCGGGCCGGUGGGGGAGGAAGCCGAAGGCGUAAUCCCCAAGAUGGUCACCUCCAUGCUCCAGUUUCUCGAGACCGAAGAAGCGCUGAAGGCGGAGGGCAUCUUCCGUCUGUCGAGCAACUUCGAGGAGAUGAUGCGCAUCAAGGAACAGAUCGAUAGAGGGCAGGAGGUGAACUUCAGCGAGUGUGGAGCGCACAUGGUGAUCAACCUUCUCAAGAAAUUCCUCCACGAGCUGCCCGACGCGCUUCUCUCCAGCGUGCUCUACCAGCGAUACAUCUCUGCCGUCCAGGGCGACGAUGCCGCGCGGCUGGCGUACCUGGUGGCACUGCUCAACUCGCUGGCGCCCUCCUCGCGCUCGCUUCUCCGCCGUCUGCUCAUUUACCUCCGAAACGUCGUCGCCCACAGCGGGGAGAACCGAAUGGACCUCCACAACUUGGCCACCACGCUCGCGCCGGUGCUCAUGCGCGAGAAGCCGGCCUUCCAGCAAACGGCCUUUGCCUCCGGCAGCGUUGUCCUCCCACCGCGACACCAGCGCCACCAUCAGCGAAGGGCAAGCGAUUCGGCGGUGGUGCAUGCCAUGGUCCAGGAGGCCGUUCGUGCGGCCAAGGUCCUCGAAAUCCUCAUCUCGACCCCCGACGAAGAGCUGUUCUUCGCGAAGACGAGCGAGGAGGGUAACCACCACCACCUGUCGGUGGCACGCGCGACUUCGGACAUAAAAUCGUCGCCUUUGUCCACGUCGCCGGCGACCGAGGCCGAGCAUCUGGUCCUGCAGGCCGGCGACAUCGUCUUCGUUUUCCAGAAGCGGGACGACGUCUGGUGGGUCGAACACAAAAAUACGCGAAAGCUGGUGCAGGUGCCGGCCGAGGUGGCCGAGUCGGCGCUGGCGACGGUGGCCGAGCGAGUCGAGCUGGCGCACCAGCCGGGGCUGGAGAGCGGCGAGUGCCGAGCCAUCGAGCGCGUGCUCUCCCACGAUGACGUGAGCGACGACGAUGACGACAGCGGCGGCGGCGGCGACGAGGAGAGCCCGCGACGCACUGACGGCUCGUCGCUGCUUUCUUUCCUCGAUCGCGACCCUGCGAAGAAGGAGAAGAGGAGCGCCAGCCAGCGACACGCCAAGCUGGUCUCGCCGUUCGUCAAGCCGGCGCCGCCGUCGGGGUCGCUGGGCACCUCGAGCAGCUACACCAUCGACUCGUCGUCGGCGAAUAGGCCGUCGCCCAGGGAGAAGCGGAAGAGCAUCGGCAUCGUCGGCAAUGCGCUGCUGGGUCCGCGCAAGGACCGCGAGAAGGGCACCAGCAGCAGCAGCGGCAGCCCGCGCGAGAAGGACGCCAAGAAAGAGAAGAAGGAGCACAAGAAGGAGCACAAGAAGGACAAGCAGCACAAGCGGGAGAAGAAGGAGAAGGACAAGGAGCAGCACGUCGUC